AUGAGCUCCUCCUCCACCACCGUCUCGAACCCGUUCGCCGGUCCCGAUGUCACCCUCGUCCGCGACCUCAACAUCCAUGAGCGUGUCCCGGUGAAGCUUGAUCAAAACACCGCGUCCUACUCCGCUUGGAAGCGGUAUUUUUCGCUCGUGUUCCGUGAGUACCUCCUGCACGGCCACGUGGACGGCACUGUGGUCGCGUACCUCAAGUUGGAGGAGCGCCGGAUGCGGAUGGCGCGGACUCGCGCGACCCACACCGCCCUUGUCGCCGGCACCCGCGGGGGUCAAACCCCGCCACCACCACGCCCGAUGCCGCCCCAGCCGGCGGCGCCCGCCUUCCCGCCAGGCUUCCCGCUCGCCCCGGCCGCUCCCUUCCCGCUGCCCCAGCCGGCGGUUAAUGGAGGGGGACGUCGCGGCGGCCGUCGCGGCGGCCGCAAGCAGGGGGCGCAGGCGCUCAGGGAGGAGCACCCCAUCCGCCGCAACCGGCCUACCAGCCGACCCCGUGGUACGCCGGUCAGAACCCAUGGACCGGCGUUGUGCACGCUUACUCCAUGCCGGUUCCCCGUGCUCCUGCCCCGGCGUGCUGGAGUGGACUUCACUGAGACGUUUGCCCCGGUUGUUAAACCGGGCACGAUCCGCACCGUCCUCCAGCUCGCGGUGUCCCGAGGCUGGCCUGUUCAUCAGAUGGAUGUCUCCAAGGCCUUUCUCCACGACCAUCUUGAGGAUCAGGUGUAUUGUGAGCAGCCCACCGGUUUUGUCGACGCCUCACUGCCUGGCCAUGUGUGUCUGCUGUCCCGAUCUCUCUACGGGCUCAAGCAAGCACCCCGCGCCUGGUACCAGCGGAUCACCGGGUUUCUUCAGACACUGGGUUUCAGCGUCACUCGUUCGGACGCCUCAUUUUUGGUUAUGGCUCAUAACGACGGUGAUCAUCCCGACGUGGACCUGUGGCUCGCGGAGGACCUGGAGAAAGGUGUUUGGGCCAAGCAACCCUCGACGGACUAUGGGUAUCCCCCAGCCUUUGUGGACGGACACUUGAAGCUCCUGAAGAAGUUGGAGGACGGCAGGUUCCAGAACACAUCUCAUUCCACACAAGCACCACCGAUAUAUUCGUUCAAAUCAAUUCUAGCACUAGCCCUCCUUGUUGUUCUCGUGCCAUCCUCCCAUGGCGUCACGGACUUGGUGUCGUCGUCACCGCGGCCGUUCAACGGCAGCGGCGGUGGUGGCUUCAGCCUCCGGCUCAUCGCCAACGACCAGCCAGCACACUACGACUUGGCGAGCCUCCAACGUGCCAAGGACCAGGUAAAGUGCAGGAUCAAGCACCAAAUCCUGCCAACGGUCAAUGAGAUACGGCCGUUCAUGUGCCGGCUGGACGAUAUGAUGUACGCCGUUAUGGUGGGCGUCGGCACGGGGGCUGGGUUCCAGAAUUACCAGCUCGCGCUGGACAUGGCGGGCGGCUUGUCCUGGAUGCAGUGCUUGCCGUGCCAGCCCUGCCUGGCGCAGCUCAACCCGGUGUUCGAUCCAACCAAGUCGCCGACCUACAGCACCGUCCCGGCACACAAUACCCUCUGGUGUCGUCCUCCCUACCAAGCUUUGCCAAACGGGGCGUGCGGGUUCCGCAUUGAAUAUCGGGACACCACCGGGGCUUCGGGGUACCUUGCCAGGGACACCUUCUCCUUCCCGACCGGGAACAACCAGUUUGUGCCACUGGAGGGCGUCGUCUUUGGCUGCGCCCACCGCACCGAGCACUUCCAUAACCAGGACAAAGUCGCCGGCAUCCUCAGCUUGGGAAUGGGACCGGUGGGCAAGCCUCCGACAGCCUUCACGAAGCAGGUCCUUCGAUACCACGGCGGCCGCUUCUCCUACUGCCCGUUUAAGCCGGGGACAAGCCUGUACAGCUACCUCCGGUUUGGUAACGACAUCCCUAGCCGUCCACCGGCGGGCGUGCACCGCCAGAGCACGCCCGUCCUUGCGCCGGCCGAGAACAGAGAGGCCUACUUCGUCAAGCUCGCGGGGAUCACCAUCGGCGUCAACCGACUGCGCAGCGUCACGCCGGACAUGUUUCGGCGCACCGCACACGGGACGGGCGGGUGCGUGAUCGACAUCGGCACGAAGAUGACGUCGUUCGUGCAUGCGGCGUACGUCCACAUCGAGCAGGCGGUGCGGCAGCACCUGGAGCACCACGGAGCACAUAUCGUGGUGGUCCGAGGCCACAAGUGCGUGCAGCACCCAGCGGCGCACGUCCUCCCGAGCAUGACGCUCCAUUUCGAGAAUGGCGCGUGGCUCCGGGUGUUGCCGGAGCAUGUGUUCAUGCCGCUCGUCGUCGGCGGCCACCAUUACCAGUGCCUUGGCUUCGUCUCGUCCACGGACCUGACGGUCAUCGGCGCCCGGCAGCAAGUCAACCAUCGCUUCAUCUUCGACCUCCAUGAUACCAUACCCAUCUUGAGCUUUAAUGCGGAGGACUGUCACCUAGAAGGCGCCUGA